GUAUGGAACAACAAAAAAAGGUUUUUUGAACAAAAAAAAAAGUGACUUGUUAAAAAAAAAAACGUCGCUUUAUUUUUUUUUAUCAUUUGUUCGUUAAUAGCUUUGCUUUACAAAGAAAAUGAAUGCUUCACAAGACAACGACACACUAAUGGAUAGCCAGGAAACACCACCCCCUCAAACACCCAUCGAAAAAGCUCAAGUGGAUAAAGAGAAAGAAAUGGCUGAAUUGCUAAUGACGAUGGAUAAUUAUAAGGCCAUUAUACCCGAUGCCGUCAUUGACUAUUACUUGAAUAAAACAGGGUUUGACUGUGACGACGCUCGAAUUAAAAAACUAUUUGCUUUGGCAGCUCAAAAAUUCAUUGCAGAUAUAGCAACAGAUGCGUUCCAAUACAACAAGGUCAAACAAUCCAGUGCACGUACCACCACUAAAGCCAACAAGGAAAAGAAAAUUGUCUUGAAUAUGGAUGAUUUAUCUUGUGCCUUAGCUGAAUACGGUGUCAAUGUCAAGAAACCUGAUUUCUAUUAAAAAUGUCCAUGAAUAAAUUACGCGAAAGAAAGAUGGAUGUAAAAAUAAUUAAUACUGACGAGUUUACACUGAUAUGAGUGAGAGGGUAUAAAAAGCAAUGCAUUUAUUCAUUCUUAGUGUCUGAUCUGGUUGCGGGUAUACCCAAAUCAUUCACCAAUAAGAUUACUCUCUUUUUACUUUUUGCUGCAUGCAAUGUAUCAUCAGACAAGAUCGGCAACGCGAGAGCUACCACAUGAUCUUAUCAUCACAAUGGCUUUCUGUCUAUUUAUACAAAUAUUUUUUCCAUACAAAGACCUUAUUAUACAAGCCAUACGUAAUUGACUCCCCCUCCUAAAAAACCCCUUUUGGAUACCUCAGUGGAUAGUUUAACUUUGAAAAAUACCAUAGCAACAAAUGCUUUAUAUUUAGAAGAGUUGGAAAUGUUGUGUGACUCUAGCUCGUUCUUCGUAUUAUAAGUCUCUCAAAGACCACAAAACGCUGUUAAGACUUGGC